AACGCCAGCGAACGGACGCACACGCGCUUAGGCCAAUCCCAGCUGGACACUUAGAAAGAUACUUAAACAAAUUCAAGAAAAAUAAGUCGAUAAAUGUUAUUUAUAUAUAGUAUAUAUUAAGCAAGCAAGUGGUAAUUGAUUCAAGGAGCAACAAGUUUUUAAGUGCCAAAAGCCAAGAGUAUUUAAAGUGUGGCUCAACAACAAGAUUAACCCGCAAGAUACAAAGAUACAAAUUUGUAUUUCAACAACAAUCUCAGUUUAUAUGCCUAUGGAACUAUGAAGGACUUUGGCAAAAUGUUCACCCGUCGCUACAGUGCCGUUUGUGUUAGCGACGAGGAGGCCGGCGUGAAUGCGAAUCAGCCGAAUCAAAUGGUAUUCGCAGCCGCCACAGCCGCAGGCACAGUUGCCCCCGUCGUAUCCUUGCCAGACACAGAUCCUGCCGCUGUCACAGCUGCAGCGGCGCUGGCGGCGCAGCAGCGCGCCCAGCGUCGCAAGAGCCUCAAGGCGAAUCGCUCCAUGAAGCCCAUGAGCAUACUGGGCACAUUCUUCAACGAGCGCCAUUCCGGCAAGCAUAAUGCACGCUCGCCCACACGCGCUUUUUUGCUGCUGGCCAUAGGAUUUUUGGCGAUAACAGCGGCGGUGCUGGUUAAAGUAUUCCAACCCUACGAUUUGAUAUUCAAAUGGAAAUUGAUAAUGGCCGACAAUGGUGAAAUCUUCAAUCUUUGGGCCAAGCCACCAGUCGAUUUGUAUAUCAAAAUCUAUUUAUUCAAUAUAACCAAUGCUGAGGCCUUUCUGGCGGGACGCGAAAAGCUCCAAGUGGAGCAAGUGGGUCCCUACGUCUACAAAGAGCUCAUGACGCAUGAGAAUAUCACAUUCAAUGACAACAACACCAUGUCCACGACACCGAGUCAUCCAUUGGUCUGGCAGGAGCAUCUAUCCGAAGGUCGUCGCGAGGACGACGAGGUCAUAAUGCUAAACAUAGCUAUGCUGGCUAUCUCCCAUUUAACUGCCGAUCGUAACUAUUUUUUCGUACGCUUGCCACUGCAAGGACUCUUUGCCAGCACGAAAUCGGAGCCCAUUGUCCGAAUGACUGCCAAGGAGUUCAUGUUCGGCUAUCCCUCUGCGCUGGCGACGCUGGGCAACACGCUUUUGCCCAACUGGAUAUCGUUCGAGAAGGUCGGACUGAUCGAUCGCAUGUAUGACUUCUCAUCCGACUUUGAGACGUUCUAUACGGGCGUGCCAGAUGCGGCCGCAUCGGGCCUGUAUGCCACCUAUCGUGGAGAGACCAGGCUGCCCCAAUGGGAGACCGACCAUUGCAACAACAUUGAGUAUGCCUCCGAUGGUACCAAGUUCAGAAGUUUCAUUCAACCCAACGAUACAGUAAAGUUCUUCAGAAAGAGUAUGUGCAGGCCCAUUAACUUGUAUCGAGAUGGGGAGGAGCGCACUUUCGGCAGCCUGAAGGGCUAUAACUAUGUGUUCGAGGAGAAUGCCUUCGACAAUGGUGCCAUAAAUGAGGCCAACAAAUGUUUCUGCCGCAGAGGCGAUUGCCAGCCGGUCGGCCUGAUUGACGUCACGGACUGUUAUUAUGGUUUCCCCAUCUCUCUAAGCUUUCCACAUUUCAUGAAUGGCGAUGUUGGCCUAGUGGAGAACAUUACCGGCAUGCAGCCUGAUCCUGAAAAGCAUUCUUCAGCCUUUGUCAUCCAACCGGAAUCUGGUCUGCCGCUAUCGCUGUCCGUAAAAGUGCAAAUCAACAUGCAUUUCAAGGAUCUGAAAAACUAUCCGCAAGUUUCACAGUUUAGUCAUCUGACCGCCCCAAUGCUGUGGUUCGAGAUUAUGAUGCCUAAGCUGCCCGACGAGCUUGACUCUCGUUUCAGCUUCUAUUUGAAUAUCUUACCACUAGUCAAUCCCUUGGGCUUUUGGGGUGCUUUGGUGCUGGGCGUGGGCUUGCUGGUCUAUGCCAUAACACGUGCCACGCUACAUAUGUCCAGCUUUACACGCCAGGCGACCAACAUUUCGGACAGUAAAUAUGCACGCGCCAAUCUGCUGCAGAAUCUUACUGGCAGCGGGGGCAUCGUUGGCGGUGGCAAUCAAGUCUAUAAUCCUUGUGAGCUUAGGCUGCUGGACGAUAUUCCCGCCGCAAAGAAACAUGUUAUUAUACGGGCCAGCGACGAGGACUAUCAGGAGCGAAGACCGUCUGCCUACGCCCUAGAGCUGGAGCCAGCGCUCUCCGAUGCGGAGAGCAGCGAUGAGGGCAACGAUAGCGAUACUGUCACCCUCAGCCGCAACUCCACCACAUCCAGUUCGUGCAUAGAAGUAGAGCAUGGAGAUGAUGAUGCUUGCAUAGAUUGCUUCGAUGGCAGUGAUAUGGAUGUGGAUGCAGCCAGUCCGAGCAAAACAGGCCCGAAGCAACAGCUGGGCGUUAGUUUGACCAGCAGCGGCUUUGCCUCGUCGCCCGCAUCGACCAACAGUUCCAGCUCGCAUGUUAAUAUGGAUGGCGAGCAUAACAGCAAGAGUUGGACGCCUUAUACGCAUUCCGAUAAAUUAGACGGGACGGAUUCCAUUAAGCACGUGUAGAAUUACGCCACCAUUCUAGUAUUUAACUUAGGUUUUCGGUUUCCUUAAGAUGAUGUAUGUGCAUAUUUGCAAGUGCAUUUUAGUGUGCUAGUUUGGUUGGGCAUCGGCAUCGCCGCUUUUUGUUUUAUAUAGCAUUUUAUAUAGUGUAAAUAAUAUGAAAGCCAAGUGUUGGUUUUUUUUUACUGUGAUAGCUUUAAACAACAAAAGAUCGAUGUAUGUAUAUCCUCUGUAUAUACCAAACAGCGCAAAUAGUGCUGAUUCUUUUUACAAAAAACUAACAUUUUUAUGGCGUUAUUUAUAUCGAAUUUAAGCAGUUUGUAAGUUACGUUCGCUUAAUUUAGUUAACAAGUCACCUCCAUGAGGUGCCAAAAAUAAUUUGAAUUUAUAUAUGAAUUAAAGCAAGUUAUAAUGAAAGUCGAAUAAGAAAUUUGCACAACAAUUGUAGUUCAAGUGCGUUAUCUAUGCUAAGAAUUGCUGUGAUUUUUGUAUUGAAGCAGAAUUUAUGGGCAAACGCAUAACAAAUCAAAGCGUUUGUACAAUGCAUAAAUAUCUUAGCCUUAGACCAUGUAAUUCUACCAUUUAAAAUGUAAUAAACAAAUU